AUGGGCUCCGCAAGUACUGGAGAGCACCAGUCUCUGCUGCCUUCCUACUCUCCGUCCGUAGCUCGUGCACGAGUACUCGGCCAAGAGACGGCACCGGCAUGGCCUGCCACGUUCGAAGAGGGUCUCGACGCUCGCAUGGCGGCACCUGUGGCGACGUCAUUGACGCCUCGCCACGUCAGUUCCUUCAACAGCAGCCCAUAUACUGAGCGACAGAGGCUCUUGCAGCAGCAGAGAGACGUGGUCUGGUCUCCAGCCAGCAGCACUGGAGCUGCUACGCCUCAAGGCACCAGCAGCUUUAAGGACGCGGUCUUUAAUGCCAUCAACGUCCUAUUGGGAGUGGGUGUGCUCUCCAGUCCCUUCUCGUUGCGCUCGAGUGGCUGGCUCAUUGGUGGGCCGCUCUUCCUCUUCUUCACGCUGGUAACUAACCACACAGCCAAGCUUUUAGGCCAAUGUCUUGACUAUCAAGAGGGAAUGACCGCGUACCCAGACAUCGGCGAAGCGGCCUUCGGUACCAGAGGUCGAGUCAUCAUUGGCGUCACGUUCUUCGCUGAAUUAUUCGCUGCCUGCGCCAUGUUCUUCGUUCUAACUGGAGAUACGCUAGCGGCGUUGAUUCCGUCGUGUACAGAGACGCAGUUGACUGUUAUGGCGUUUCUGCUUAUCAUGCCGUCCAUGUGGACGACGCACAUGUCCAUGUUGUCAUAUUUCAGCAUUUUGGGCAUCUUAUCGUCAUUUUUCUGUCUCUACACGAUUUUCUACGUGGGUUUCGCCAUCGACACGCGUGCUCCGGACUACACAAUGGGCAGUUUGGUGCAUCCGCAGCCUUUGCAGGUGAUUGGCGACUUGGAUCGGAUCCCAUUGGCUAUUGGCCUCACUAUGGUGGCAUUCGGCGGCCACUCGGUCUUCCCGUCCAUCUGCAGCUCCAUGGCGAACAAGAAGGACUACCCGCGGGUACUCAACCUCUCAUACUUUAUUGUGGGACUUGUGUACGGCGCCAUUGAACUCGCUGGUUACCUCAUGUUUGGAGUGGCUACCCAGAAGGAGAUCACACUCAACCUCAUCGCGUCCUACCCAGGUGUUUUGACCCAGAUGGUAGUCUGGACGAUCGCGUUGAACCCGAUGAGUAAGAUCGCUAUUACCCUGCACCCGGUAGCUUUGGCGCUUGAAGAAUUCCUGCUGUCGCCGAGCCAGAAACGAGCUGCUGCGAGGAAUAAACCGAGCAAGACGCUGGUGUUCUACCGAGCUUUUAUCCGCACGACGCUCGGUAUGGGAGCUCUGUGUUGCGCACUGUUCGUGCCGCACUUUGCGCGUGUGACGUCGUUCCUGGGUGCCUUCUUCGCGAUGCUGGUGUCGGUGUUUCUGCCGUGUGUCUGCUACCUCAAACUCUUCUCGCACCGCCUGUCGAAGGGCGAGAUUGUGCUUAACGCUGGGCUAGCAGGGCUCUCUAUCAUCUUGAUGUUGUUCGGCACUCUCGCGUCCUUCUUGUCGCCCGCGGAUUAA